AUGGGGAGAGAGACAUCAAAGAGGGCAUCAACACUUCGAGUCUACAAAUCCAACUUGAAGACAUGUCCUUGCUGCCAGAAGCGUCUUUACCUCAAGAAGAACAAGAACUGCAGCCAGACCGCUAUGGCCACUCUCUUUAGCAGCGAAAAUGUAUCACAAAUUGCCAGUCAAAGUAAGUUCUGUGCCAAGAAGACAUGCCGCCGAGAGGUGAGACACAAUUUUGUAUGGCUGGGAGGUCAGAAGAUCAACUGCAUGUCGUUCAAGGACAUGGUUGCUUCUGGCUUGUACUUCGUUUCCACCAAGACCGCCUUUGCCAUUCCCUAUCUUGAGCUGUGCUACUAUCGUCUGCUGCGAGCGAAAACAUCUCCUGGUCAAGAGGCUGCUGUGCGCCUGAUCGUGCAUGGUAGUGCAGAGGGAAUGUUUUGGCAACAAAAUUCAUUUCGUGACCAUCUCCUUCAUGCUCUAGAAGGGUAUGCCAUAGCUCGUCGCACUCCAAAUCAAGUCGUGCCUUUCAAUGUCGAUUUUCCAGCCAUGGAAGUUGUGAAGAUCAAGAGCCCUUUGCUGCUUUUCCCUCCAGCGGCAACUGUCACAGCAGUGGCCUUUGAUGGACAUUUUGGUGUACAUCGUAUGCUACAUUCCUCUGAACCGCCUCGCACAGUUCCAAAAAAAGGGCGUCCCAUGAAGCAGAUUCCUGAACAUGAACGUUCUUGCCAUUGUAAAACAAACGAUGCUAUGCGCCAAGUUCUUCCUGAUCGUACAGCAGGUUGGCAAUUUGCUCUAGACCCCCAGACAGGCAAAGUUCUGGGCGCUUAUGAGCAUACCGUCAAUGAAAGGAAUCAAGACAAAGCCGCCUUACUCCAGCACGUACUCAGCAUGCCGAAUGUCCACGCCGAUCUUCUUGUUCAUGACGAUGCUUGUCACUUCGAAAAAUUCGUUGCGACUUAUGAUUCCAAUGCAUUUGACAACAUCGAGUUCUUUUUGGUGGAUACAUUCCACAUGAAGAACCACAAAUGCCACAAAAAUUCCAGAACACGGAAGGAGAAGAAGCGUUUGAAGAAUGUACGCACCAGCAUUUGCGAAGCAUUCAACGCCUGGCUUCGCCCCAUGAACUUUUUCCUCAACAGCCUUCGUCCUCAUAGUCACAAGUUCUGGGUCCAGGAGGCGAUCACGUUCUACAAUGCCAACUUGCCAUCUUUGCCACCAAUUCUCAUGAGACGUUCAACUACUGCUACCCGGAACAGACGCAAGAAGUAG